AUGAAGCCUGUAAUGAAGAGACCUCUUUUCUGGCUGGUCAUUUUUUUGGCCUUUGUUUUACCAGAAAAUUCGAUAUCGGCUAUGGAUCUGCAGUUACCUAGUAACAAUCAGCCUCGGUGCUUUGGAAUCUCAAGAGGUAAACAUUUUGUUCUUGGAUUUAUUGAUAAUAGCGAUGGCGGCCGCCCCGAAUCCAGGGAGCUGUUUAUUUUGGUGGUGGCGUUCAGUAAUCAGCAAACCACAGUCACCAUCAGCAGCAAGCACGAAAUAGCAGGGGAACCAUUCCAGGAGACCUUUGUGAUCGAUGCAGGUGGAUUUAUAAGGACCAACGUACCGGUUGAACUUGUGAUGGAAAACACUGAGAGAGGCCACAAGGUGCUGGACAUUUCAGCAAGCUCUGAUGUUUCUGUUUACGGUCUGAUGUAUCAAGAUCACACCACUGACGGUUUUCUCAGUAUACCCACCAAUAAUCUUGGCAUGCAAUAUGUGGUGACGACGUCAAGACCAAUAGAUGACGACAAUUCGCAGUUUGCUGUCAUUGGGACAGAGGAUUCCACUUUGGUCCAGGUUAUAUUACGAGGAGCUGUUACAUUCGAAGGGCAGAGCUAUAGUCCAGGUGAUGUGUUGAGAUUCACUGUCAAUGAACUAGAGGCAGUUCAAAUCCAAGGUCGGAUUUUGGUAGAUUUAACAGGAAGUAUCAUUCAGAGUGACAAACCAGUUGCUGUGUUCAGUGGCAAUGAAUGCACAAACCACGCUGGUUCAUAUUGUGACACGGUGACUGAGCAAUUGGUACCCGUUAAGAGCUGGGGACAGAAACACAUCUACACCGCAGCCCGCAGUGACGAUGACAACAUCUACCGCAUUGUUGCUUAUUUCGGCAAAACCAAUCUUACCAUCCCUGGCCUUGAACACCAGUCGUUGGAACCGGGUGAAUUUUGGGAAGGGCGCCUUUCGGGUUCCGGCCUCGUUACGUCAAGCAAACCCGCUCUGAUGAUGCAGCAUUUGGCGUCCAUCGAUGGUAUCACAGUCGACCCCUCCAUCAUUCAGGUUCCUGCCGAAGAACACUUUGGGUUUGUGUUUGGAUUUACGACACCUCCUCACUCAGGAGAAGAUUCCAGUGGUUACUUCAAUUUCAUCAAUAUCAUUGUGAAACGUGAAUCUCGACAAACUGUGUAUCUUAAUCAUUUUCCAAUCAACGGCACAAAUGCGCUUGUAAGCGAUGUUCCUCACACUAGUUACAUAUCCCUUACUGUUCAACUUCCGAAGGGUGAAGGUGUCUACUACGUCGAACAGAUUGACCCUUAUUCAUCACCCCUCUCCGUCAUCGUCUAUGGGUAUGAAAGGGCCGAAUCCUAUGGCUACGCCGCUGGUCUGUCUCUUUCCAGCAAUAAAAAAGUGCUGAGGUUGACACCGUACUAUUUGCGAGAACUUGGUGGCGAGCUUUUCACGAUGACUGUUCCCUGUUUGAAAACAAAUGCUAUUUCCUUUCAAAUUGCCGCAAAGUGCAAAUUUUCUACUGGCUUUGGAGACGUAAUUGUUUCUGGUGAACGCACCGACUCUUACACUGUUGUCUGCAUCACUCCCACCUUUUACAAGAACGGACUUACAUCUGUCUAUAUUUCACUUGACGACGGUGAAUCAUUUCCAUACUCCGGCAUUGUCUACGUUGCAUCUGAAGACGAUCUGCCGCCACUAGUACAAAUUCAACAGGUAAAUUCUGCGUAUGGAGAUGGCAUCAUUAACCUAACCUUCGAUAAUCCGAUCAUGUUCUCCUGGGAUCCUAGAAGUCUUGGUGAAGAAGUUUCACAUGUGACUGUUAUGAUGCAAAAUACAGAUUACGACAACGAUGGGAAUCCAGUCUUGAUGGAAGGUGUUGCAGUGAGGAGCAAUGUCUUGAACAACGGUAGUCUGAUGAUAUAUCCAAGCGAGCUUGACUCCCUCAUUGGUGAUGGUUUGUCUCUUCAAGCAACAUAUCUCACACCAUCGGCUGUGUGCAAACGAGCUUUGCCAUUAGUGAUUGUAUGGGCCAUUAGAAUCUAUAAAGUUUUGAAAAUAGUGAAAAAAAUCUGCAAUAUUCCCAAAUAUCACUUCAAAACCACUGUUCCCACUGGACUUCCUGCAUCUCCUUGCAACACAGGGCAAGCUGACCGAGACCAGAACUUCCAGGAGGCGAAUUUUGCGAAUUCCUUCUUCCAUCCGGGUGCCGAGAAAUGUUAUCGGUCUGUUAAUUCAUUACCAACUGGAGCAGGUCAACAGAGUUGUUACGGAACAGACGGUAAUAUCCUGGUAGGUUCCCCUGGGGGAGGAACAGCCGACAGGUACAGUCCAGGAGAUAACUUCUGGAAACAUCAAUGGUUCGAUGUUCUUCCUUGGCUUUGCUUAUGCAAACUGUCAAGCAACUGUGAAGAAUAUUACAUGUACAGGCCAUCGGAUGAUUGUUCGGACUACGACCCACCUCGACCGGCUGGGGGUACUGGGGAUCCCCAUCUUACAAGUCUGGAUGGCUACAAGUUCACCUUCAACGGAGCUGGAGAAUUUCUGAUGGCGUCUUCUGCAGUACAUAACUUGACCUUUCAAGCCCGUAUGGAGAGGUACCGCAACACCAACGCAUCUGUGUACACGGCAUUUGUUCUUCAAACCAACGAUUCCUCCAAAGUCCAGGUACAGAUGUCUAACAUGAACGAGACAUUGAUUCUUGUAGACGGUGAGCCGUUGCGUCUUGACUCCCUCCCAGUCAAAGUUCAUCACCUCAGAGGUGUUCGAAUCCGCUUCAACUCUGAUAUGACCAAAAUCAACAUAGCAGUUAGUGCUGGCAUCGCUGUCACCGUGUACAUCGACACCGCGGUGAUGUCGUUCAUCGCUCAACUGGACACCAAGUUCCAGGGUCAAGUUCAAGGACUUCUUGGUAACCUAAACGGAAACCCAGAUGACGACCUUCAGUUUCCAAAUGGAACCAUUCUGGAGCCUGGCUCUUCGCUAAAAGAACUUCACGAUUUUGGUUUGGAGUGGUUGGUGGCUCCAGAGGAGUCCAUAUUCACGUACAUUUCCCCAUUUGACUACAGCACAUACCACUUUCCUGAGUUUUCCCCGACCUUCGAGAUUCCUGAUCUGAACGAAGUGAGUCAGGAAAUCAAGGACCUGUGUGGCGAUUCCACUGAGUGUGUCUUCGAUGCGGUAAUCACCGGCAGCCUGUCUUUUGCUAAAGAGACUCUUGUGGUAACAGUCACAAUAACUGAAGUCAAGAAAGGAUUGGUCAAGAUUGUCAGUUGUGGCUACCCGGGUGAUGUGGAGAACGGGUCGCUGUCAGGGUCUGUGUAUCUCGUGAAUGCCACUGUAGAUGUGGCUUGUGAUGAUGGCUUCACCUUGAAAGGGUCUUCCAGAUUGACCUGUCUUGAGGAUGGUCAGUGGUCGUCUGAUCUCCCUGUUUGUGAUGACGUCAACUGUGGCUUCCCGGGGGAUAUGGAGAAAGGGCUAGCACCUGGCAUCAUAGCUGGUAUUGUUGUUGGUGCCGUGAUUGCUGUGCUUGCAAUCUGUGGUCUGAUUUACUUUUUCAGGAAGAGAAACAUGAAGAGAAACAACCUCAUCUACCCCCCUCCCAUCCUAGCCACCCUCUUUGAACAAUCAAGGAUCCACCUCUUUGAUUUUCAAAACUCCAGUGACAGCCACGUUGUGCAACAGAUUCAGAUCAAAUAA